GUGCAGUACUAAACAGGAUAUCCAUCUAGCAACGCAAGAGCUUUCACUUGUGCACUGCUCAUCCUCGACUCCGUUUACGGCAUAAUUUCAGCAUCGGACCACAUGUGUACAUUGUGAGAUGCGGUCAAUCUGUAAAUUAGUAACUUUUUUUCGUUAUUUCUGAGACAAGUCACUUCAGAGAUAACUGUCCAUUUCAAAAUAAAUCUUGAAUUCAUAAAGGAAACGCUUCGUAGAUUGAAAACGGGAAUAUGCGUCAAGGAGAGCAGUGGGGUAUUCUCCAAGACAAAUCCCAGUAGGGUCUACGAGCUGUAAAACAGCGUUUGUUGAUCAAGUAAUGUCAAAUCGAUGAGUAAUACUUUUUACAGUUUGGCUAUUGCGUAAAGUCGUAGUUGCGCGCAAUGGCUUGGCAUCCUCAAAGUCUCUCUUCUUGUGCGCGUGGCGGGAAACAGGGCGGCUGAUUGAGCUCGAGCGGUUUGUUUGCGCCUUGGAACUAGGAAAAUAUUACAUCCUUGAUCCCUGCGGAAUCAUUCGGUGGAAUUUGAUUCACUUGACAGACGAUAGUUGUCUGGGUAUUUACAGUGGUUAAGAGAUGUAUUCCAGUGGAAAACAUUGCCUGUUUUUUCUUUUGCUCAGAAGUAUUCUGUCGGACCCCAGUCACACAAACCAGGUUGUUCUGUUGGACACCACGGCAGUCCUAGGGGAGCUGGACUGGAGGACCUACCCAGUAAAUGGGUGGGAUGCCAUCACAGAGAUGGAUGAGCAGAACCGCCCCAUCCAUACCUUCCAAGUUUGUCAUGUGAUGGAGCCCAACCAGAACAAUUGGCUCCGGUCAGGCUGGAUCCAGCGCCAAGCAGCCCAGAAGGUGUACGUGGAGAUGCGCUUCACGCUGCGAGACUGUAACUCCAUCCCCUGGGUGCCUGGGACCUGCAAGGAGACUUUUAACCUCUUCUACCUGCAGACCGACGAACCGCACGCCUCUGGAACUCGCUUCCGUCCAGUUGAAUACGCCAAGGUGGACACCAUAGCAGCGGAUGAGAGUUUCACACAGACGGACCUGGGGGACCGGGUGCUGCGCCUCAACACUGAGGUCCGCGAGGUCGGCCCCGUGACCCGGAAGGGCUUCUACCUGGCCUUCCAAGAUGUGGGCGCCUGCAUCGCCCUGGUGUCCGUCCGAGUCUUCUACAAGCGUUGCCCUUCCACGCUACGCAACCUGGCUGCAUUCCCUGACACCGUGCCCCAGCUGGACUCCUCCUCGCUGGUGGAGGUCCGCGGGGCGUGCGUGGAAAAUGCAGAGGAGCGAGACACGCCUAAGCUGUACUGCGGCGCCGACGGUGAUUGGCUGGUGCCCCUCGGGAGGUGUGUCUGCAGCAUAGGGCACGAGGAGAUGGAUGGAUACUGUAAAGCAUGUAAACCAGGCUUCUACAAGGCCUAUGCUGGUAACAUCAAGUGUUCCAAGUGUCCUCCUCACAGCUCCAGCCACGACCAGGCUGCCACCGUCUGCCAUUGUGAAAAAGGCUUCUACCGGGCUGCCAAAGACCCCUCUACAAUGGCCUGCACUAGGUCCCCCUCAGCCCCCAGGCACCUGGUGUCCCUCAUCAACGAGACCGCCCUCUUUUUGCAGUGGGCCCCGCCCAGCGACAUGGGCGGCAGGAAGGACCUGACGUACAACGUCCUGUGUCAGCGCUGCCCAGGUAGCGGGGUCUGCGAGCCCUGCGAGGUGGACCUGCGCUUCUUGCCGCGACCGCUGGGCCUGACAGAAACAUCCGUGGUGGUGCUGGACUUUGCCGUUCACGCCAACUACACCUUCCACGUGGAGGCGAUCAACGGUGUGUCGGGGCUGGGCCAGACGGAACGCUCGCUGGCCAACAUCACCGUCACCACUGACCAGACUGGUCCCUCUUUGGUGGGUGUGGUACGUAUGGACUGGUCCUCCCAAAAUAGUAUCGCCCUCUCCUGGACAGAGGUGGAGCAGCUUGCACUGGUGAUUCUGGACUAUGAGAUCAAAUACUAUGAGAAGGAGCAGGAACAGCUGAGCUACUCGUCGACACGCACCAAGACCCCCAGCGUGGUGGUAACAGGCCUCCAUCCCUCCACCCUCUACGUGUUCCACGUGCGCGCUCGCACCACCACUGGCUUCACCGCCUACAGCCCCAAGUUUGAGUUUUCUACCGCAGCAGAGAGCUCGGAAAUGGUGGCUGAUCAGGGUCAGGUGCUGGUGGUUGUCACGGCAGCAGUGGGCGGCUUUUCUUUAUUGGUCAUCCUGACUCUUUUCCUUCUCAUCACUGGACGGUGCCAGUGGUACAUCAAGUCUAAGAUGAAGUCUGCGGACAAGAGGAGGACGCAUUAUCACAGUGGACAUGUUCCCUUUCCUGGCAUAAAGACAUAUGUGGAUCCAGACACUUACGAAGACCCAACCCAGGCUGUCCACGAGUUUGCCAAGGAGAUCGACCCCUCCCGCAUACGCAUAGAGAGAGUGAUUGGAGCAGGGGAGUUUGGGGAGGUGUGUAGCGGGCGCUUGCGUACCCCAGGGAAAAAGGAGAUCUCCGUUGCCAUCAAGACACUGAAGGGAGGAUAUGUGGAGCGGCAAAGAUGGGACUUCCUGCGAGAGGCCAGCAUUAUGGGACAGUUUGACAACCCCAACAUCAUUAGGCUGGAUGGAGUAGUCACCAAAAGCAGGCCAGUGAUGAUCGUGGUGGAGUUCAUGGAGAACGGAGCUUUGGACUCCUUCCUGAGGAAACACGACGGCCACUUCACUGUGAUCCAGCUGGUGGGCAUGCUCCGUGGCAUCGCCUCAGGCAUGACCUACCUGUCAGACAUGGGCUAUGUGCACCGCGACCUGGCCGCGCGCAACAUCCUGGUGGACGAGGCCCUGGUGUGCAAGGUGUCCGACUUCGGCCUGUCCAGGAUUCUGGAAGAUGACCCUGAGGCUGCAUACACCGCCACGGGGGGUAAGAUCCCUAUCCGCUGGACCGCCCCCGAGGCCAUCGCCUACAGGAAGUUCUCGUCCGCCAGUGACGCCUGGAGCUAUGGAAUUGUCAUGUGGGAGGUGAUGUCAUACGGGGAGAGGCCCUACUGGGAGAUGUCCAAUCAGGAUGUGAUCCUCUCUAUUGAGGAGGGCUACCGUCUGCCCGCGCCCAUGGGCUGCCCUGUGGCCCUGCACCAGCUGAUGCUGCACUGCUGGCAGAAGGAGCGAGGCCAGAGGCCACACUUCACAGAUGUGGUGUCCUUCCUGGACAAGCUGAUACGUAACCCCAGCAGCCUGCUGCCUCUGGUGGAGAAUGUCCGAAGUUUCCCAGAAUCCCCAGAGGACAUGCCUGACUACCCACUGUUCAUCUCCAUUGGUGAUUGGCUGGACUCCAUAAAGAUGAGCCAAUACAAGAACAGCUUCCUGGCAGCAGGGUACACAACCCUGGACUCUGUCUCUACCAUGAGUAUAGAUGACGUUCGGCGUAUCGGCGUGUCUCUCAUCGGUCACCAGAGGAGGAUAGUGAGCAGCAUCCAGACCCUGCGACUGCAGUUCCUCCACGUCCAGCAGAGUGGCUUCCAUGUCUGAGCCCCCCACACCAACAGGCUAAGGCCACAACACACACCAUCAGAGCCCAACCGUGCUCUUCCUCUCUCUGCCCAUUCAAGCACACCUCACCCUCCUCAUGGUUUGCAGCUGCAAUAUGAUCCCCCCCCCCCCCCGCCCCCUCUGUGUGUUCAAUUUCAACUUGCUGCCUAACUGACUCAAGACCUUUUAAAACCUGGCCCCAUAGACUUUUGUGGGAACGGAUUUGUUAGUUUUGGUCUUGGAGGGAUUGGGAUUAUUUUAGGGAAAUUACACCAAUUACUGUCUGGAACGAUAGUUUAAAUGUAUACUGUCUGUGGUGUGUUGAACAGGAACCAUACUGUGCAAUGAACCCUGACACACUGGCUGGUGUCAUUCGUUAUAUUCAAGUCAAUUGAGAUAACAUGGACUCCAGACUGCAACCGUGGAUUUAUGGGAUUAUACUUUAGACUUAAAGACGUUCUUGUUCAUUUCAAGUUGUUAACUGGAAAUGCGGCUCAAUUGUAAGAUAAGAGAUGUUCUGAAUUGAAGACAACUGAAUGUCAUCUGAUUUUUUGAAUUGUAGGCUAUAUGUAACCCAUCAAACUUGAUAAUAUGCAGUAUUUGUGUGACGGUCAUGUUUUUUGCCGAGUUUUAUUAACAUGUCCUCAGUUACAAAUGUCAGUCAACAACCUAAUUUCUCCUCAGUAUGCAGAUCUCUCCCCGGGACUAAGAGUGAUCAGCUAGUCAACUCAAAACCACCUCAGGCACACUGUAUAUAAACAAGACAUCUGAACUACCUAUUUUGUUCCAGUACAACCACUUGCUUUUACAACCACUUGCUUUUAGAUAGGUGCAUAUUGUACUGUUGGGUUUGAUAGUGGACCGUGUCUAGCUAGGGUAGAGGAAGUGGUCAGUUUGUGUUAUUGGAGAACAAAGCAAUCAUCACCAAGCUGUGCUCAAUAUCUGAGAAAAAGGGACAAUAAAACUAUUUCAUAAUUUGUUUCAGCUUUCAACGGUUUUCGCUAUGAGAACAUUGUCUCAAACCCAUGUUUGCAUUGCAGUGCACUGAGCUUCAAGUUGUCAAGCGUGGUGUAGAAGGGAUGUAAGUGGAUGGCAGCCAAUACUACAAAUACUUCAUUGAUCAUGGGUUAAGACACCGGGUAAGGAUGGGUCUCUGGAAAGCAGACAUGCCAGAGUUGCAAGGCACACACACACACAGACACACACACACACACACACACACACACACAAUCCCUCUCACAAAUAAACAGCCUCAUUCAUUCCUCUCACUUGAACAAUGAUGAACAUAUUUUUUGGACAUAGAGGACUCUCAACAGGUGGAUCUGUACAACAGAUGCUCAGGGCAAAGUGGGCCACAGCCCCCUUCAAGACACUGAGCACUAUGAGAAAUAGAGUAGCACACUGAAUGAAUUAUCUUUAAUUUUUUGAUGUUGUAGUUUAUUUUUGUAUAAUUUAUUAGGACUAUGAUCUGGAUUGCAACAUAGGCUGAAUGUUUAUUUAUUAAAGAAACUGCCAA